AGAGGUAAGUUGAGAAAGAGACUCUUCUGUUCUGUUCUUCAGGCUCGACCAUCACAACCACAGCUCUGCUCCCAUUCGAUCCCACCAGAUCCAAACAACAAACCCACAAAAGUCAAAACACAUACCUCCAUACACCCAACCCCCAUCCAAAAUGCACAACCCCCUCCUCGCCCUCACCCUCACCCUCGCCACCACCGCCACCGCCCUCGGCCAAGCCAAAGUAGUAAACAACUGCGACUUCGCCGUCUCCGUAUGGUCCGUCGGCUCGGCCGUCUCCUCUCCGCACCGCCUCUCCGCCCACGGCGGCAGCUACGGCGAGACCUUCUCGCGCGACCCGCAGACGGGAGGGCGGGCCCUCAAGGUGACGGUGCCAGCCGACGGGCUGUGGACGGGCGCCCCGCAGGCCGACUUCGCCUACAACCUAGACGGCGCGCAGGUGUGGUACGACCUGUCGGACGUGUUCGGCGACCCGUUCGCCGGCCACAAGGUCGUCGUCGCCAGCGCGGACGCGUCGUGCCCGGCCAUCGUCUGGGGGAACGGGACGCCGCCUGCUGGGAGCCAGGUCAAGGUGUGCACUGCUGACCAGAGCGUCACGUUUACGCUUUGUGCGGCCUGAGUUGGGAUUGAGGGAUUUGAGAUUGGGUGACAUUUGUGUUGAGGAAGGCGAGGACCUGUGUGGAAGGGAAUUAGGAGGGCAAAGGGGUUGAGUCGGGAUUUGUUUUCAAGACAGGGGUAGGACUCGUGGCAACAGAUCAAGCUAGGUCCUGGGAGCAUCAUCAAGUUCCAAACCGGUCAUUCAUCGAUUUCCCCACGAUACAAAAGGGGUCUGCUUGAGAACAUCAUCUUCUGUUUAUAGCAAUUCUCAAUUACUAUUAGGAACUGUGAUCUAAUCUCGGUAUAGAAUCUGCGAGGGCAGACCCCGAGCUGAAACGAGUUUGUUUACUCGUGCCACGGUUUGAACUAACAGA